GCUUUUAACGUGUUAGUCCAGCUACAUGUCCCUACCAGAUUUCCCAAAGCAAGCUGGCCAAAGCCUACGGCCAUUACAAAGUAUUGGAAAUGCAGUCAGUGCUGGAUGCUCCCAUAGGAGACCAACACAUCCAGGACCAGGGGCGGACUGACCAUUUGGAAACUUGGGCACUGCCCGAGGGCCCGGGAUGCCCUUGGUACCUUUUUUAUAGGCUUUUUUGAGUUUGGGCAAUGACACAGGGGUCCCAUGAUCCCCUAUUGCCCGGGGG